GAGGCUUUUUUUUUUUUUUAAUUUUGCCCCCUUUGUUUGCUUGUUUGCAUGUUUCCCUUUUGUAGGCAGCUUCGGCUCGCGCAUCCCCGCGGAACCCAGGAUGAACUCGAGCGCGGCGGCCGCUCAGCCCUUCUCCAGUCCCGUGCAAUUUCCUGGUGGAACCACAGUCCUUGUGGAGCUCACUCCAGAUAUCCACAUUUGUGGUCUCUGCAAACAACAAUUCAACAAUCUUGAUGCCUUUGUUGGUCACAAAAGGAGUGGUUGUCAGCUUUCUGGCACAACAGCUGGAGCUACCAGUACAGUGCAGUUUGUGGCUGAAGAAACAGUGCCAGCCUCACAAGCACAAACAGUUGCAAGAACCAUCACAUCAGAAACACAAACCAUCACAGUAUCGGCACCCGAGUUCGUUUUUGAGCAUGGCUACCAAACGUACCUGUCUGGUGAGAACAGUGAACCUCGGACAGCUACUCUUGUUACCACUCCACCGAAAUCACGCAGCAAAAAGUCCAACACAUCAGUGGCACAGAAGAAAUUCAACUGCAGCUACCCAGGGUGUCAGUUCAAGACAUCAUAUGGAAUGAAAGACAUGGAACGGCACUUAAGAACACACACAGGUGACAAGCCCCAUAAAUGUGAAGUUUGCGGCAAGAGUUUCAGUCGAAAAGACAAGCUGAAAAUGCACAUGCGCUCCCACAGCGGAGUGAAACCUUACAAGUGUAAGCACUGUGACUACGCAGCAGCCGAGAGCAGCAGCCUAAACAAGCACCAGCGCAUCCAUUCUGACGAGCGUCCUUUCAAAUGCCAGAUCUGUCCUUACGCCAGCCGCAAUUCCAGCCAGCUCACCGUUCAUCUCAGAUCUCAUACCGGAGAUGCUCCUUUCCAGUGCCGUCUGUGCCCUGCCAAAUUUAAAAUCAACUCUGACUUGAAGAGGCACAUGCGUGUGCACACAGGUGAGAAGCCUUACAAAUGUGAGUUCUGCGAGGUCCGGUGUGCCAUGAAAGGUAACCUGAAGUCCCACAUCCGCAUCAAGCACAACAUGGAGAAUGCCUUUAAAUGCCUCAUCUGCAAGUUCCAGUGCGGGAAUAAGACAAGUCUGCGGCAGCAUCUGCGCAUCCACCAGCCCGAGCAGCCCGUGAAAUGCUCGGAGUGCAGCUAUUCCUGUUCCAACAAGGCGACCCUCAAAGUACACGAGAGGAUCCACUCCAAGGAUCGCCCUUUCAAGUGUGAGUUCUGCCGCUUUGAUACCAAGCAACGGAGCAAUUUGACCACCCAUGUGAAGAAAACCCAUCCCGAUAAGAUCAGGAUCAGAGAAAAGUUAUCAGGUCAAGUGGAAAGUGAUCGGCCAAAGGAAGGCAACUCCAGACAAGUUGCUAAGCUGGAGGCCAGGAAAGCCUUCAGAUGUGAUCUCUGUGAGGCCUCCUUUGUCCGGGAGGACUCUCUGAGGAGCCAUAAAAGGCAACAUGUUGACUAUAAUGGAACUAAAACUUCAGAGCUGGCUGUCCUGCAGUUCCAGAUGGAUCCCACCUCACAUGGUGAUACUCCUAUUACAGUUAGUCAUCUGCAGAUGCCACUGCACACUUCCCCCUAUGGGGAAGGGCAGGUCAAGAUCAUUGUUGGGCAUCAGCUACCCCAGGGCAGCAGCUUGGAACAAGGAGGUCAAGUCAAUAUUGUGUCUCCUACCUUAAUAACUCAGAAUCAAGAUGAUCUGUCUAGCAGUAACCAGCUGCAAAUAUUGCAGCAGGUAAGCUUAUUGGCUCCACCCCUUCCUGUUGGGUCUCCGGCAGAAAGCCUUUCGGUCAGUCAACCCACAGUCCUUCUCACAACUCACAACCAAGCUGAUGCAAGCACAUCAAACCAGACCCUGAUCUCCACCAUUCCAGUAGGUAGCCAUGAGGUCUCAGCUAAUCAGGCCUUCAUCAAUGGCACCGGGAUCAGCUGCUCGGAUUUGGAAGGGCUCAAUGCUUUAAUUCAAGAAGGAGCAGAAGAAGUGACAGUGGUCAGUGCUGAAGAGCAGAACAUCUCAGUACGAGCAUCAGCUCCGCCAAUCUUUUCAUCCUCUUCUCAUUCAGAUGUGCCAAAGCAAACCUACUCCAUCAUCCAAAGUGGAGCCCAUGCGAGUUUGUUGUGUCCUGCAGAUUCCAUACCAGAUUAGACUGGAGGCUGAAAAAGUCAUUUGUUUGCUCCAGUUAGUCCUAGAGUGCAAUUCUAGAGGAGGCUGCUAAGUGAAGCAGGCAUGGUCAGCCUGGUGCCCCUUUCUCGAAAUGAGUGUAGUAUGCAUUCGUGAGUAAUAUGGUGAUACUGCUGGCUUUAAGGAUGAAUCGUGGUGGGAAUAGAUGCUCUUGGGGAUAAGUCCUGUUGCACAAGAUUCCUUUUUGCUUUUAGGUCUUGUUAGACAAUAUCAUGCUUAAAUAAUGUCUCUUUAGCAUAACUUAUCCAACUUUGUUCUAGGCUUAAAGAAAUAUCCAGUGUGUCAGACUGCGUGGGAAAUGCUGUCAAUCUUCAAAACUAGUUUUAGCCUUAAUGGAAACCAUUGAAAAUUGUUCAUUGGCUCUUGGGUUCUCCUCCCCUCCCCUUUCCUUUCCUUUUUCUUUUCUUUUCAUAUCUCAGUCUUUAAAAUCAUGUUGAAUGUAUAAAUGAUGCAUUUUUAAUAUUGAGAACAGUCUUACAUUGUAAUUACUGCUGGAUUGUUCUCCACUGUGAUCAAUGACUUCAGAUGGGCUAAAGAACAAUAGCUGGAUAUAAUGUUGCAAUAUAAUUCCCAAAAGUGGCUUUCUGUCUUCAAAAGCAGUUUGACAUGUAACAUUCAAGUCUGUCAUGGAAGAAAGUGGGGAGAAAAAUUAUCAGUUGUUGUUGUUGACAGUAUUAAGUAGGCAACUUAAAUUAAGUGGCUCAGGGCAGUUUACUAUUUUUUGAAUAUCUGAUUUCUAUAUCAAGACUAGGUGGACCAGCAUGGUACGGAUGGUCUACAAUACAUCUGAACCACAUCUGCAGCAGACCAGUUUUGCGGUGCCUCAGAUGAGUGUAGGCCAGCUCCACGUGUAUCAGGGAUCCUCUUUUUUUCCAGAUGUGGCACCUACAAGAUACAUUUGAGCAUCACCCUAAACCAGGCCUAUGACUUAGCAUGGAAUGCACUUAUUAUCUCCUUCCUGCACCAGUUGGUUUAUGGGAAAUAGAUGUCACUUUUCACUUGGGAGGAGAAGCAAGAACACAGUGUUGUCAAGAGAAGGAGGGAAUGUGGCAAGCUUCCUGGCUGAAAAAUGUACCAUAUCCGACUCUUAACACACAAAAAAUGGGACACUUUCACUAUUUAAUGGAAGCAAAACCUAUUUUGAGAUCCUGGUUUUGUUUGAAGGUUGCCUUCGUUUCUGCAGCAUACAACAAAGCAGCUUAAAUGGUGUAACCAUAACAAUUAGGACUGCACAGUAUAUGUUCCACUGAGCCCAACACAAUCAUUUAUAUAGUACAGCCUGCUGGUACCAUUCCCAAAGUUGCAGGCAGAUAUAGGAUCUGUUCAGCAUGGACAAUGCUGGACAAUGUUCAGUCAUUGUAUUACAACACCUUAAUAAAGUAAUUUUCCAGAUUA